AUGCUCAUAGGGCGGGGUCUUGCAAGAGGGCGGAAAUGGCUUCGUGCUGGGAGCUCCGGGAGUAAUAAUGGCAGGGUCUGGACGCGCAGCCGUGGCAACCGCACGGUCGGCGGGUCUUGGGGGUUCGCAGGGACAGCAGCGCUCGGCCUCACGGCCGGGACAGCGCAGCAAAGAAAAGAAGAAAGUGAAUUGCAAGCCCAAGAACCAAGAUGAGCAAGAAAUCCCUUUCCGACUCCGAGAGAUUAUGAGGAGUCGACAGGAGAUGAAAAAGCCGCUCAGUAACAAGAAGAGAAAGAAGGAGGCCCAGGUGGCUUUCAGGAAGACCUUGGAAAAGGAAGCAAAGGGAGAAGAGCCAGACAUCAUUGUCCCCAAGUUCAAGCAAAGGAAGGGAGAGUCUGAUGCGGCCUACAUCCAACGCAUGGAGCAGGAGGCCCAGCACGUGCUGUUCCUUAGCAAGAACCAGGCCACGUGGCAGCCAGAGGUGCAGGCAGCUCCCAAGAAGGAGAAGUCUGAACGGAAGAGAGCAUUUCAGAAGCGGCGACUUGAAAAAGCCCAGAAGAAAAAGGAGGCAAGAGCAGUGGAGAGACUGGAGCAGGAACUGCUAAAAGAUACUGUGAAGUUUGGAGAAGUUGUGCUACAGCCCCCAGAGCUGACAGUCCAGCCUAGAAGGAGCAUAAGCAGAGAUGCGGUACAUGAGGACCAACCUGGCAAGAAAUCGCUAAUGCUGAAGAUGCUUUUGGGCCCUGGUGGUGUGUCCCUGACUCCAGCCACCUCACUGGCCCGCCAGCGGAUCCUGGGGGAAGAGCGGGAACGUGCUGUGCAGGCUUACAGAGCCCUGAAGAAGCUGCAGCGACAGGAAGUGACGCCUGCACGGCCACCUGGCAGCUCUUCUCAGAGGAAGCUCCAAACUUGUCUGUGAUUUAGAGACCCAGGGGUCCAAUCCCUGGAAACUGGCCUGGGAACUGCUAGACCUGGAAAGGGAAAGACAGCAGAUGCUUUUCUCUGAGCAUAAGCUUUCAGUAUGGGGAUGGGAUGGGUGCUUUCCUUUCCCCUUCCCCUUUUAAGAUCAUCCUUUUCAGAGUGACCACCCAUGAAUCCCAUCUCAUACAGGGCACGUUUCCCCAACACUUGCCCGAGACACAGAUGGGAGAGCUGGUGUUUUCCCUGAGCCUAGCUUCAUUCUGAAACAAGAAUCGGGGAAGACGAGCCAGGACCACUGUAGAAAGGACUCAGUUCCUUAAUCCAGCCGAUUACUGAAGCUGCUGCUGAAGGUCAGCCUUGUGUCUUAAGAGGCUCCCCCGGGUUCAGUGCAAUGCAAGGCAGGGACGGGGCAAAGCAGGUUAACAGGACAGCGGAAGGGCAGGUGUAUCAGCCAGGCGCCUGGCAGUCAGCACCUUAUUUGCCUGCAGGGGUCUGUAUAAGAGGCCAGAGCCCCAGUCUAGGUUUGGUUUGGAUAGAGAUGGGGUGUCAGUACUGGCUGAGCACCGUGAGGUAUACACAUAGUCAGGUUCCAGUGGUAGGAAGGGCAGAGUAGUUACACCAAGAAAGUAGGAACAGGGGCUGGAGAGAUGGCUCAGAGGUUAAGAGCACCGACUGCUAUUCCAGAGGUCCUGAGUUCAAUUCCCAGCACCCACAUGGUGGCUCACAACCAUCUGUAAUGAGAUCUGGCACCCUCUUCUGUAUACAUAAUAAAUAAAUAAAUCUUUUAAAAAAAAAAAAAAAAAAAGAAAGUAGGAACAGGUCCAUGUCCUGCAUAACAGUCCUCUGGGAAAUAGGGCAGGCCUUCUGAGAGGACCAGGGUUGGAAUCUGGUUGAGCAUGUCUCCCAUAGUACCAAAAGAGGGAGUACCUGAUACUAAACUCACCCAAACCUCAGGAGUGUGGUACCACCCAAUAAUCCUGGCACCUAGGAGGUAGAGGUGGAAGAAUUGGGAGUUCAAAGCCAGUCUUGACUACAUGAGACAGUAUUUAAAAAAAAAAAAAACCCAGCAACAAUAAAAAACACAUGUAGACAUCAGAAGAGCUAGGCUUGGGCCCUGCUGGGGAAGCAUAGUCUUAUUUGCUGUCUCUGAAGUCUGGACCGUUGCUCUCUGACACACUCACUUAGUCCCAGUCAGUGCAGGUCAGUGUGACUGGGGACGAGUGCUUAGACACACACCCAACAGUAGCAUUGGCCGCUUGAUUUCCCACUAAGCAUCAGGACUAGAGCCAGGGCCCAGAGCCACUGUUACUAGAGCUGCAGGCUUUUCUGUUCUUUUCAGAAGCAGCGUAAUCAUCCACUUAAAGCACAACCUGCCAGUUCUGUGAACUGCAGUAAAGAACUCUGGGUAACUCUCUCUUACCCAUAUGUACUUUAGGUAUGUCUUUAAAGAAGCCCACACGUAUGCUUUCAGGUAUUUUUUAAUUUUUUUGUUUUUCAAGACAGGGUUUCUCUGUGUAGUUUUGGUGCCUGUCCUGGAUCUCACUCUGUAGACCGGGCUGGCCUCGAACUCACAGAGAUCCGCCUGGCUCUGCCUCCCGAGUGCUGGAAUUAAGGCAUGUGCGACCACCGCCUGGUGGUAUUAUUUUUAAAAAAAGAUUCAUUUAUCACAUAUACAGUGUUCUGCAUGCAGGAAUGCCUGCAUGCCAGAAGAGGGCACCCAAUCUCAUUAUAGAUGGUUGUGAGCCACUAUGUGGUUGCUGGGAAUUGAACUUGCAAGAGCAGGCAAGUUUAAACCCCUGAGCCAUUUCUCCAGCCCCUCAGGUAUUAUCUUUUGAGUGCUUUUCUUUGUCAGAAUACCUUUAUUAAAUCUUUGGUUUAAAAACUCUGCUUUAUUACAAAAGGAUUGUUUACCUGUGCUUAAGCCUUCUCAAAUGGGUCUUGGACCUAAUGAUGGUAUGGAACCACCUGUCUAGUAUGGCCUUCCCAUUCUUCUCACUUCUGGUGUGGAAGACCAUAAGGCAGCUCUUGCUCCUGGCCUACUCCAAGGUCAGGCCUGGUCUUUGCUACCAUUUUGGACUCCUGACUUUCAGAGCAGCACUCUUUAAAUAUUAACAGGUAGGCUGGGGCAUCACCACUGUUGCCUCAGUACUGACUAGGUACUGAUGUAUAAAGGGUAGAAUACCUCUGGGGUUCCCUAGACCUCCCCACUUUGUGUCUGGCACUUAAAGAUGAUCAGACUGAUGCGUGGGUCAACCAUUAAGUAUUCUCUAUCAAGCUGAAGUGACUAAGAUGACGAGUCCUAGCACAAUGGACCCAGUCCCUGUGCCAUCUGUAUCUCUUACUGCUCACCUGUGGGAACUCAUACCCCUGUACAUGUCUUUGAGCAAUAAAAGUUCACUGAACAAAUGAA